AGUACAGCUGUUUAUUUCACGCCGCCAUGAACGCUGUGGCGCUCAGCUGAUGACAGUGCACAUCCCAGGUGGCUCCUGUACACAUUCUUGUACACCUACACCUCCCUCCCCCUGCUGCACUAGGAUACCAGGGCACCCCUGAGAUGCAAGGGUAAACCUACUCGCCUGUAAACCACUAGCCUGUUUACACCAUGACGACUCCGGUACUUCAUAACCUCCACGACGAGCUCUUGUUGGUAGAGCGUGUGUUUCUUCGGAUUGGCUCGGCAGCAACAGAUGAUGUUUUGCAGGAAGAGUUGCUGAAAUUCCUAGCUCCUGUGAUUUUGAAAUUAGCAUCUCCACAUGAACCUGUUCGAAAGAAGGUGAUGGAAUUAUUGAUUCAUGUUAACCGCAGAGUUAAAGAGCAUGAAAGUAUCCAGCUGCCAGUGGAGUCACUCCUGGCUCAGUACCAGGAUCCCAGUGCCACGGCAUUUGUCACGAAUUUCUCGAUUAUCUACAUUAAGAUGGGAUAUCCCAGGCUGGACCUUAACAAGCAAGUAGAGCUGCUACCAUCCAUGCUUAACAGUUUGGAGGGUAAACCAGCUCAGCAUCAAGACAGUCUUCUGCUGUUGAUGGUGCCAGUGUUUGGUCAUAUGAAGAUUCCAGAAACUGCUGAAAAAACUGCAUCGCUGUUUGGUCUGCGGGAGAGGCCAGGAGUUGCUAAGCUGCUUCUUGACUUCAUGCUGGACAUCUUGCUUCUUCCCUAUGGUGCUACUCCACUGUCUCAGCAAAGAGUGAGUGAUGGAGCUGAAGAUAAUUCUGAUGGUCCUCCGGUUCCUGGUGUACCAGCAGGAAUGAGCAUCCACACCUUUAAACGAGUCAUAGGAGACGUGGCACCCAAACCUGAAGAUCUGGAGAAACUUAAAGUUUCAGUUAUUAAGUUCUUAAGUUCCGAAGUAUUGCCGCCUUCCUCUGUUGUGUUGCAGUUGAUUGUAGGAGCAGCCGAUACGAGGUUUUCUGUUGCCAAUGCAGCCGAGUUACAUCUAAAAAGAAUAGAUGGCAGUGUGGGAUGGAACAGCAGUGCAGUAAUUGCACCUCUGUAUGUUCUUUUUCUUGGCACUCUUAUGCCAAAAGAUAAAACCCCAGCAGAUAAGUUUAAAAACCCGGCUAAUACAAGAAUUCGAUUAAAGCUCAUGCCGUACCUUUUGAAGUCUAAAGAAGCAUGUAAUUAUGCCCCUCUUGCUCUGAAGGUGUUUUUUGAAUGCCUUUGGGGACAAAAUUCAAAUACAAAGUUGAAGCAACAGGGUGUAACAUUUCUGCAUCAUAUAGCAUUCAAUGCAGACAAGGACAAGCUAUCUCCCGUGGGAAGUGUACUUUUUGGUGGAGUUGUUAAGGUUAUUGAAGAAGAAAAAUGUGAUGCAAGACUGCGGUCACUAGCAUAUGGCGCUUUGGCAAAAUUAUCCGUUAAACUUCCAAACCUUCUGCUGUCGCAUCCAUCUCAGCUUCAUUACCUGCAAACCUUAAUGAAUGCUCUCACACAGGAGGAAGGAGAUGUCUUGCUGGCAGUGCAAGAGGCUCUGUCAAUGGUGGCACCUGUUUGUAAACAGCUUAAUACAUCAAGCCAGGAUGAACUUUGUAUUCUCCUGUCAGAACAUGUGUUGCAUCAUAAUGCCCAGCUAAGGCGUACAGCUGUCAAUUAUGCAGCAUCGGUAUUUCCUCACGACCAUGUUCCUUCCAGGUUCAUUCUCAUGGUGGCUACAGGAGACAGCCAUGAUGACAUCCGGAUAGAGUCACGAAGACAAUUAUAUAAAGCAUCCAAAGAAGCUAAAGAUGGAACUCCUUCAUUUCAAGCACCGCCAUUCUCGGCUGUCAUUACCUAUGUUCUGGAGCGUGUAGAUUCACUGCCAAGAAGUAAAUGGCAUGAUGUUGCCAACCAACCAGUUCCAUUUUCUCUUCCAGUAAUGGAGCAGAUGCUGAAAUAUCUAGAACACUGUUUGGAAGUUGAAGCAGGCAACCAGGGUGGGCGUGAGGAAGGGCUGCUAUGGGUCGACCCACCUGCCGUUGGAAAACUGCUCCACCAGAUUGUAGAACAACACCAGCAGAACGUGUCUUCUGGAGCUAUAUCAAAAACUCCCAACCCAUUCAUGAGAUACAUUGGCUUUGCUGAAUUGGCAGCCAAUGCUUGGUCUGCUGCAGCCUUGGAAUCAAUCCUAAGAGUGGUAGCUGUUGCUCCCGAACUUUUUGUUGCUCAUUAUUCCUUAAAAUUGGACUGGAUACGGAAAUUUAUCCUUCGUGGAGGCCAUUAUGGAGAGGUGGCAGCUCAUCUGUUUGGUGUGGUUUCUGGUCAAGUGCAGAGUCAGCAGGAGUUUGAGAAGGUCAUGUACCACAUUACCAACAUGAAAAAUUUGCGUGUGGACAGCCAAGAGAGCUGCGUGCUUGCAGUGGGCCACAGCUAUGCUUACAAUAUUAAUAAUAUGAAGAAAUCUGGUGUAUUCCUUGAAGACUGGCCAGCAUUCGAGUCUGUUGUUCAUGAGCUAGUGCGUCAGAUGGUGAGUGAGAACAGCCCCAUUCAAAAUGCUUUAGUGAUAGCAAUAGGAGAGAUGGCCAGGCAGAGCCCUCUGCCUCUACCAGUUGGUGUUGCUCAAGAGGACAGCAAGCAACUUUCAUCUCUUGCCUUGGUCAAUGCUCUUGUCAAGAUAUUCAAGACCAAAACACUGCCAUCUAAGGUUCGGGAACAAGCCAUUGCCACAACUGGAUAUCUUUGUGUUGGUCAUCAAGAAUUUCCUCACAAGAAAAAAAUUAUAGAAUCCCUGCUGUCUCUAGCUAAGGAGACAAGUGAAAUUGAAGUUCACUUUGCUGUUGGGGAGUCCCUGGCAGACUGUGCUCUUGGCACAGAGUCACCUUCAGGAAGAAAUCUCUGGAUUGAUGUGGAUCCCAUGAAAGAGGACACGGUUGAAGAGGUAGAAGAAAAUAUGGAAGAGGGUUGCAGAGAAGAAAAAGAAAAGGACACAGAUGAAGCUAUGGAAAAGGAUUACGUGAAGUCUGCAGAUAAGGCUCUCCCUGAUAUUGAUGAAGCAAUGGACACAAGUGAAGGUGCUGCCACAGGCGACGAUGUAGUUACAAACACACAAGUUGAGAAAGAUGUUUUGACGUGGGUUUUGGGUGAACUUCUUGAUAAAUAUGUUCGACAGACACAACCAAGUGUUAGACAGGCAUCGUGCAUCUGGCUUCUUGCUUUGCUGAAGAGGUGUCGCACAAAGCCAAUUAUUCAGCAACGACUAACUAGCAUCCAGCAAGCCUUCAUGAACCUUCUUGGUGACAAUAAUGAUUUAGUUCAAGAUGCAGCCUCAAAGGGCUUAGGUGUUGUAUAUGAAUGUUGUUCUGAGGCAACAAGACAGUCCAUGGUUGAAGGGCUGGUGCAGACUUUAACAGAAGGAAAACGAACCAUCAAGAAUAUUACUGACGACACUAAAAUUUUUCAAGAAGGAGAGUUGGGCAAAGCUCCAUCAGGAGCACAAUUGUCGACAUAUCGUGAACUGUGUUCUUUGGCAACAGACCUCAAUCAGCCUGACCUUAUCUACAAGUUCAUGAAUCUUGCCAAUCAUAAUUCAAUUUGGAAUUCUAAAAAGGGAGCAGCAUUUGGUUUUGGCACACUUGCAUCACAAGCUGGUGCCCAGCUGGAGCCAUACCUACCCCAGAUCAUCCCAAAAUUGUAUAGGUACCAGCACGACCCAACACCCAAGAUCCAGCAACCAAUGGCUGCUAUUUGGAAUGCUCUAGUCACUGAUAAUGCAAAAACUAUUGAGAAGUAUUAUGACCCAAUCCUGUGUGAUCUCAUUAGCAACUUAACUCAUAGCAUGUGGAGAGUACGUGAGUCAUCUUGCCAUGCCCUCACGGAUCUACUGCGGAGACAGUCGGCGGCUAAAGCAAUAAACAGAAUUACAGAAAUUUGGACAACUCUCUUUAGAGUGCGUGAUGACAUCAAAGAAUCUGUUAGACAAGCAGCAGAGAAAACAUUACAUGCAUUGAGUAAAAGUUGUAUCAAGGUAUGUGAAGGUACUGGUGAGCAGAGUGAGAAGAUGCUCAAGGAAGUACUUCCCACUCUAUUAACCUCAGGUAUUACCAGUACUGUAAGUGAAGUAAGAACCGUGAGUCUGCAGACCGUGUCCAAGUUAUGUCGCACGGGAGGCUCGAUGGUAAGGCCACAUUUGGGCACUCUCAUUCCUGCUCUUCUGGAAGCUCUCUCGGGACUUGAGUCUCAAGCUCUGAGUUAUACAUCUGUGAGGCUAAAUGAUGAUGACAGGGAGAAGUUGGAUGUGGCUCGAGUUGCUGCAGCACGAAGUACACCAAUGAUGGACACGUUGAAUUAUGUCUUGCAAUUUGUUGAUGAAAGUGCAAUGGAGAAAUUAGUAGUAGGUCUGGUGGAUGUUCUCAAGAGCUCUGUUGGUCUUGCAAGUCGUGCCGGUGCUGCUCAUGUUGUAGAGACAUUAACCCAUACCUGUCCUGCACCCUUAGAAAAAUACACAGGGAAACUCUUGGCUGCACUUGUUAAUGGUCUCAGUGAUAGAAAUCCUGUGGUGAGGAAGGUAUAUGCCAAUGCUAUAGGUAAUCUUGUUAAAACUGCCAAAGCUUCUAGUAUAGAAAAGAUUCUUACAAAAUUGCAGUUGUGGUACUUGGAGAAAGAUGAGGAUACUGUAAGGAUGAGUGGUGCCCUCACCAUCCGCAGUAUGCAUGCUCAAAAUAGUGAUAUUAUGAAACAACAUGCUUGCCAAGCUAUGCCACUGGCAUUUUUGGCUAUGCAUGCAGAGAAAACUAUUGAUGGUGAUCCUAGUGGUGUUGAAAUUUGGGAAGAAAUUUGGUCAGAUAAUACUCCUGGAACAGAAUCAGGAGUGAGGCUGUAUUUAAAUGAAAUCAUUUUGAUCUGUGAGCAAGCUCUUCAAAGUUCAAAUUGGGCAAUGAAGGCUCAAGCUGGCAGAGCCUUAUCAACAAUGUCUGAGAAACUUGGCUCAAGUAUGAAUGAUAGUCUUGUCACCUCCUUGAUCACUCUUCUCACCAACAGUCUACAAGGCAGAACAUGGAUUGGAAAAGAAUCUCUUGUAACCGCACUCUCAAAUGUAGCGAUGCACACCAAAUCAAUACUAGGUACCUUGAAGCACCCAAGCAGAGAUGAAUUGUUAGUGGAAGAUGUAGUGAAUGUCCUGACGAGGGAAGCCAGCAAGGAGAAGAUGGAAUAUAAGAUCCAUGCCAUAAAAGCCCUCACUACAGUUUUAGACACCUACCACAUUGACAGAUUUGAGCAAGUUUUUGACAUCUGUCUCCCAUAUUUGACACCUGACAAGCAAGAUCAGGAAGACGCAGAUGAUGUAGAGCACAACAAAAAGCAAGAAUCAUUGCGGUGGGACCUUAUAGACGAGAUGGUACACUCCUUAGGGAGAGCUUGGCCUUUAUCCAAUGAUACCCAAGAAAAAUAUAGUGAGCAAGUUGUGGAAAUGUUGAAUAACAGUGUGUCACGCGUUCCACGCAAGACACAGUUAAGUAUUGUUGGAGCAUUGAAGCACUUCUGGAGUAGACAUUUUCUCUUGAAAGACCUUCCAGCUUCAUUAGGGACACCUCUGUUUGACCCUCUCAUUCACCACUCUUGCAAAAUUUUCAAUUACUGUUUAGGUGUCGCAAAGUUUUAUAGUCUGCGAAGAGAAUCCCUUGUUGUAUUGAAUGAAUUCCUGGAAAAAGUGAAAGUAUGCGAGACGUUGGUAGUGCGGCUUCGCAUGGAUCUGUUGUCCGGUGUUGAAGAAGCCCGCAGAGAUGCCCAGCCUGACGUUCAAUCUCUGGCCGCCUCCGCUCAUCGCAUACUUCUUCUGGAAACCAGGGAUUAAAAAUACAGUAAACUGUAAAAUACAGUUAUCUGUGAGUGCUCAUUAUUUUCUUUAGAAAUGUCCAAUUACACACAAUCACAUAAAAAUACAUAUAAUAUCUUAUGUAUACCAUACAUAAAUAAUUAUUCAUCUCAAAGUGAUGAAGUAUGUAGUAAAAUUCAAACAAUUGUACAAUUUGCUUGGUAGUUACCUAACUUUGAGUUUAUUAUUUAUUUGCUCUAUUUGUCACACUUCCUUUGGAUAUUGUGUGUAUAAUUAGGUUUUGCAAUUACUCUAUAUCAAGUGAUGAAAAUGUGUAUAAAUCUUUUAAAAAUCUAAGUUUGAUGUAAUUAAAUUUUUAUUUUCAUUUUGACGUAACGAAAUAAGUCGGAGGAUGGAAAUUAGAUUAGCAUUGUCUAUUUCUUACAAAGGCACCUGUUUACCAAAACAUCUUGUAGUUGGUUGACUUUUUUAAUACUAGUUAUGAUGUAUUCUAAAUCUAAUAAAAUAAAACUUAUUAUAAAUGUCAAAUCAAGUAUAAUUCUGCAUUGCUGACCAUUUAUAUACCUGAUGCUAAUGGGUGUGAGAAAUUUAUUUUAUAAUUUAAUUAUGUACAGUGUAUUGACAAGUUUUAGUUGUUAAAUUUGUAAGCAAUGAGUAAGGGGAAAAGUUUGGGACCAACAUGAAUUGAAGAUUGCAUUUAGGAAACCAUUUAAGGAUGGUUUAGUCCAGCUGCUGUUGUCCAUAAUCACAAAUGGGCAAGACCUAGGGGGUGGGUUCGAUUUAGGUGGCGAUUCAUGGCUGUACUAGGAAUUAUAUUAUUUUGUUGAUGUUGCAAUGACAAUAUUAACAUCUUAAUGUUAUCUACUGUCAUUUGUGAUAUGGGGACCUGAGUAGAUCCUGAAACUUUACUACGUGCAUCCUAGUGUGGGGUGUCUGAACAUAAGGUAUUUACAAUAGCAUAGUGGACAUUAUUUACAAAAUUCUACAUCACAGGAAAGCACCCAGAUCUAUAUUUUGUUGGGUGUAUAGAGGCUAGUUGUAUAGUGGCUGUUUUCUUAAAACCCAUUCAACAUAUCCUGUAGCACCUGCUCAUUGUACCGUUUAUAUUUUUCAACCUUUAAAUAUAGCUUUAAUACAUUAUCAAAUUCCAUA